UGUGUUCCACUCGAACCAUGUAUUUUGCUUCACCUACGCCAUAAGCGUAGCCAUGACAUGGCUCUCGGUUGGAUAUGUCGGCUAUUGUGGUGAGUACGCAAUAGCACAAAUCACAGUGGACUCCUCGACGCUCGGUGGAUUUGGGGGUCGAUACACGUUCGAUCGGCCGCUAAACGUCGCGGCAUUUGCACUUGGCGGCGUGGACAUCAUUCUCACCGGGCUCCCGCUCAAUUCAGUGCCAGUCAGUGUUGCAGACAAGUCGAACCGAGCGGCAGUGUUGUUUGCACUGGGGACGAUCAUGCUCAUUCCCAAGGAGGCCAAGCUCGUCAUCUCGGUCCUAUUUGUCAUCGGGAGCGGCAUCACUUGGCUCUUCAUCGACCCGGUCGAGUACCAAGGCGCGGCGGGACUCUCGAUCACCGUUGGAUACGUCAAGGUCAUACUCGGGGCGGCUGUCGCUUGUGCUCUGAGCCGCCAAUUGCCUCGCUUCCAGGAACGUAUCCGCAGAGAAACCUUUCUCCUGAUCCGAAAGAAGAUCAGCAUUCGAAAACUCAAACACCAGGGGCUUCUCAACGAGAUCCCCCUGUACUUCCAGGGAGUCUACCUGAACACUGGGGAGCCCGUCUUCCUGUUCCACGGAGAUGUUGCCAAGAGGCCCCAGACGAUCGCGGGGUGGAUCUGGUCCAAUAUCUGGAUUGUCUGGCACCAAGCCGUGGAUCUGCGCUUCAAAGACGCUGCGCUUGAGCGGCAGUUCCGAUUGUAAGUGUGAGCCAGCGACGAUUUUGACCACCGGACGCCAAUUGCGGCCCAACUUGGCCUCGAUUGUUUGGCCUCGAUGGCUUGGCUUCGAUUGUUUGGCUUCGAUGGCU